UUUAUCAUUAUUAUUAUUUAUUAAAUAUCAUUGCCAGCAUAAAGUCCUGAAAGAGUGACUCUUGAUUUUUUUUCAAAAGCUUUUUAUUAGUGCCCCCACGGUUGAGAGCAGAGUAGGGGACACAUUUCCCACUUGUAUAUAUUUUAUCCGAUUCAAAAUUCGUUACCAACAGCAGAGGCGCGCUCAUAUUUGAAUAGCCGUUGCACGCUCGCUGGGAUGGCGUCCAUGGCGUUGCGGCAAUUUCGAAGGGACUAGCAAGUUUUGAAAAUUUUCGCAACGACCGAGAUAAUGGCAGAUAAUCAACAGAGCCGAUUCGAGAAGUCGCUCGGGCUGCUGACUACCCGCUUUGUGUCCCUGCUUCAGAAGGCGAAAGACGGCGUGUUGGAUUUGAAAGUCGCCGCGGAUCUUUUGGAAGUACGACAAAAACGACGCAUCUACGAUAUUACAAAUGUCCUCGAGGGCAUCGGGCUCAUAGAGAAGAAGAGUAAGAACAGUAUCCAAUGGAAGGGUGCGGGACCAGGCUGCAACACUCAAGAAGUCGGCGAGAAACUGACGGACCUGAAGGAUGAGAUCAGCAAAUUGGAGGCUCAUGAGCAAAUGCUGGAUACCCAUACCCAAUGGAUACAACAAAGCAUAAAAAAUAUAAAAGAGGAUAUUAUAAAUAAAAAAUAUGCGUAUAUUACAUACGAAGAUGUGAAGGAGAACUUUGAGGAUCAGUUUGUACUUGGAAUACAGGGACCUGAAGACAUGAAGUUAUUUGUACCAAAUGUCUUGAAGACUGUCAUACAAGAUGAUACAGUGAUAAAUUACAACAUGACCUUAAAAAGUAAUACGGAGGAGAUCAAAGUGUACAUGGUCCAACCCGAAUUAGCUAAAACUUAUGACAAUAAGAUGUUAGAAAUGAGAUUACAAGAAGAGGCCAAGGGUAUGAAGCGUGGAAAUGAGGAGGAUGAUAAGAAAGGAGAAGAGGUUUCUGUAAAACCAAAGAGAAAAGUGGGCAGGCCGCCAAAAAAUAGUACUAAACCAGAUCCAAUAUUGAUAACUGAUGAAGCAGAUGACGAAGAUGAUGAUUCAGAAUUGAUAGAAGCUAAAAUAGUUUUACGUGAUGUAAGCACCACAGAUAUUGCCCAAAGAGAUUUGGACUUUCUCGAUCAAUUCUAUUCUGACUUUUGCGGACCGUUAAUGAGAUUAAGUCCACCCCCCGGAGAGAAAGAUUACCAUUUCAAUCUUAGUGAGAACGAGGGUGUUUGUGAUUUAUUUGACAUUACAUUAACGUAAUGAGUGUUGAGUUAAUGUAGCUUCGACUUUUUGCAAAAUGAAGACUGUGCCAACAGUAUGCAAAGAUGAUCGGAAAAAUCAAACGAAAUCAUUAAGGAGAAUUUGUGCAUAUAAUUUUAGCGAAAUUAAUGGAUCACAAUCAUUGAAAGAAUAUACAGUAUAUUUUUACCAAGUAUGGAAACUAGUGCGAAGCAUUUACAAAAGAAGAUUUACUCUAUGAAGAUAUCUACAAUCUGCUCUGAGUUGUUUAUUUUGUAUACAUUGUUGAGAGUAAUUCAAGGUUUUAAUAGCAUCUUUUAUACAGAAUCUACUAGAAGUCCUUGCAGCUUUUAAGUUGAUUCACUUGAAGCUUGCUUUAUGAAUAUCAUUGGAUGAAUAAUUGUCCAUUGUGAUAAUUUUUUGUUUGAUAUGAAAGAAGAAAAAAUUGAUGAAUGUAUGUAUAUAUAUAUAAUGUGACUAUAUUUAAAAAGUAUAGUUCUCUAUAUAUUGCAAUACGAUGUUAUGAAGCAAGUUUUCAAAUUGAAUUUUUGUAAUAUUUUACAUGCACAUAUUCCUGAUGUAUUCUACAAAAUACUACAACGUGAUUAGCAUGAAUGUAUGUUACGUACACGUAUGCGCGAAUUUGACGUUUUUUUAACUGUUUUACGAAUGUAUUCGGAUCUUUAUUACUGGCAUAUACAUCUGCUUAUAUUUAUGUAUUGUACAGUAUACCUUCUUUAUCGCGUGACACGCAGGAUCAAGUCAAUUGUAUUUCAUAAUACAAUUAAUACAUCUCUUAUAUAUAGAUCUCAUGUCGUAUUACAUUGUCUGAAUAUAUGAUUACAGAAAUUUAA